AUGGGUGCCUUUUCCACCGAAAACAUCAACGGGGUCUACAUCCCCUCGGCCCUUUUAAUCCUGGGAACCUUCCUCGUGAAACAGGAAUGGCUUCCCUUCGCCGUGGCCAUUGCCGCUGUUUUGGGUGGUGUCAAGCUCGUGGGUGGUAGCAAACCCAGAAAGGUCCUCAUCGCCGACCAAUUCCAAGACUUUAUCCUCAAGGAAAAGAACGACAUCUCCCACAAUGUCACCGUCUACCGUUUCUCCCUCCCCCGUCCCACCGAUAUUCUGGGUCUCCCCAUCGGCCAGCACAUCUCCCUCGCCGCCACCAUCGACGGCCAACCCAAGGAAGUCGUGCGCUCCUACACCCCCAUCUCUUCCGACGAGGAUGCCGGUUACUUCGAUCUUUUGGUUAAGGCCUACCCGCAGGGUAACAUCUCCAAGUACCUGACGGACCUGCAGGUCGGCCAGACCAUGAAGGUGCGUGGACCCAAGGGUGCCAUGGUCUACACUCCCAACAUGUGCCGUCACAUUGGUAUGAUCGCUGGUGGCACUGGUAUCACUCCCAUGUUGCAGAUUAUCAAGGCUAUCAUCCGUAACCGCCCGCGCAACGGUGGUAACGACACUACCAAGGUGGACUUGAUCUUUGCCAACGUUAACCCUGAGGAUAUUCUGCUCAAAGACCAGCUGGACCAGCUUGAGAAGGAGGAUGAUGGCUUCAACGUGUACUAUGUGCUUAACAACCCACCGGCUUCGUGGAACGGUGGUGUUGGUUUCGUCACUCCUGACAUGAUCAAGGAGCGCCUCCCUGCCCCCGCCAGCGACGUCAAAGUCCUCAUGUGCGGUCCUCCUCCCAUGAUCAGCGCUAUGAAGAAGGCUACCGAGUCUCUCGGAUACACCAAGGCUCGCCCUGUCAGCAAGCUCGAGGACCAGGUCUUCUGCUUCUAA